AUCCCCUCCAAAAAUCCAACGUCAGAGACAGCCAAUCUCCACAUGCUAUAGAAAAAAAGAAAGAGAAUGGAUACUUGAAAUUGUUUAAAUUGAGAGAGGUUUCAAAUUUCCAUAAGCUAUAAUUUGAGAGAUUGAGAGAGAGAGAGAGAGGCAAAAAGGAAAAAGAAAGAGAAAGAUCGUAUGGCUAUUGAAGAGUGGAAGGAAAUUGAAAAUGGAGAUGAUGAUGGAAAUUUGGAGACACAAUUGUUGAUGAAAAGAGAGGAAGGAUUAGAAGAAGAUGAAGAAGAAGAAGAAGAAGAAGUUUCUUCAAGAAGAUGCAACCAUAUGCUUUAUCUUAGUACCUCGGUUGCGGUUUGUGGUUCUUUUCAAUUCGGAUCUUGUGUGGGAUAUUCAGCACCAGUUGAGGCUGCAAUAAGGGAAGAUCUUAAUUUGUCUCUAUCUCAGUAUUCUAUGUUUGGAUCUAUAUUAACCAUUGGAGCAAUGUUUGGAGCUAUCACAAGUGGGAGAAUCGCUGAUUAUAUUGGACGUAAACAGGCAAUGAGAAUGUCAGCUUGUUUCUGCAUACUUGGAUGGAUAGCAAUCUUCCUUUCAAAGGAAUCCGUUUUAUUAGACAUUGGGAGGCUACUAACAGGAUAUGGCAUUGGAGUCUUCUCAUAUGUGGUCCCAAUAUUUAUUGCUGAAAUAGCUCCGAAAAAUCUUCGGGGAGGUCUUACGACGCUAAAUCAGUUAUUGAUUGUCAUGGGUGCGUCCGUUGCUUUCAUACUUGGAACCGUCGUAACAUGGAGAACACUUGCUCUGACGGGACUGAUACCUUCCUUUACCCUUCUUGUGGGUCUGUUUUUUGUUCCCGAGUCCCCAAGAUGGCUUGCAAAGGUUGGUGAAGAGAAGGAGUUUCUAAGUGCAUUGCAGAGACUUAGGGGUAAAAAUGUCAAUAUUUCAGCCGAAGCUAUCGAGAUUCAAGAUUAUAUUGAAACUAUGCGAAGUCUCCCCAAAGUCAAGUUGGUUGAUUUGUUUCAAAGCAUUUACGUUCGUCCUUUAAUGAUAGGGGUGGGAUUGAUGAUGUUCCAGCAAUUUGGAGGGAUCAAUGGGAUUGGUUUCUUUGCAAGUGAAACCUUCGCCUCAGCGGGUCCAUCAGCAGGAAAAAUUGGAACAAUUGCUUAUGCUUGUAUUCAGGUUCCAAUUACUGUUGUUGGUGUAAUCUUAAUGGAUAAAUCUGGAAGAAGGCCACUUAUUAUGGUGUCUGCAGCUGGAACUUCUCUUGGUUGCUUUCUUGCAGGAGCUUCUUUCUUUCUCAAGGGCCGUGGUUUGCUGCUCGAUUUCGUGCCUGUGCUCGUUGUAGCUGGAGUGUUGAUAUAUAUUGCAUUUUUCUCCAUUGGAAUGGGAGCAGUUCCUUGGGUGAUAAUGUCUGAGAUAUUUCCAAUUAAUGUGAAAGGAGUUGGAGGGAGCAUAGUGGUGUUGGUGAAUUGGUUGGGUGCUUGGAUUGUCUCUUUUACCUUCAAUUUCUUCAUCACCUGGAGUUCUUAUGGGACAUUCUUUAUUUACUCUCUAAUAUCUUUGAUGACAAUUCUAUUUGUGAUGAAGUUGGUCCCAGAAACCAAAGGAAGAACCUUAGAAGAAAUUCAAGCAUCCAUUAAUUCACAAAGAGGAGUGGAAAUCUUGAAUUUAAGUUAAUGAAUUACUGAUUUUUUUUUGUUACACAUUUUUUCUCUCAUUAAAAAAAUAUAUAAUGUUAUUUAAUUAUA